AUGAAAUUUCGCCAAAAUCUUAAAAACAUUCUUAUCAUUAACUUAUAUUUUCUGGGAAUGGACAAAUCGUCAAAAUAUUUUACCCCCAAUAGAGUAAAGAAGAUACAAAUAAAAUAUGAAGAGCCAUCAAAUAACCAACAUAACAAUAUAAAAAAAAACAUUGUAAAAAAUGACAAUGAUAUAUUAAAUAAUCAAUAUAAAACUUAUUUUACGAACAAUGCAAUUAAAAAAGAGAAAUGUGACAAUAUAGAAGAACUAGCAGAUAAAAUAAAUCAACCAAAUGAACCGAAUGAACCGAAUGAACCGAAUGAACCGAAUGAACCGAAUGAACCGAAUGAACCGAAUGAACCGAAUGAACCGAAUGAACCGAAUGAAUUGAAGCCAAUUGAUAAAAACAACCAAAAUGACGCACCAAAAUAUGGUAGAACAAAAAGGAAAACAAUAAAAAGUGAAAAAAAUGAUGAAAUAAUUAAAAACUUAAAAAAUGAAAAUGAUAUAGAAACGAAAAAAAAAAUAUUCAUUUUAACAUAUAAUAAAAUAAAAGAAAUGAGAAAAAAUAUAAAUGCUCCAGUAGAUAAAUAUGGGUGUCAUAUGUUAAGCGAACAAACUGAUGAUUUAAAAAAUUUUAGAUUUCAAACUUUAAUUUCAUGUUUAUUGUCAUCUCGAACAAAAGAUGAGGUAACAGCUAUGGUAAUGGGUAGACUAAAAAAACAUGGAUUAAAUGUUGAAAACAUAUUAAAGACCUCUGAAGAAGAAUUAAAAAAAUUAAUAUAUGGAAUAGGAUUUUAUAAUGUUAAAUCAAAACAAAUUAUUAAAAUUUGUCAAAUUUUAAAAGAAAAAUAUAAUUCGGAUAUACCACAUAAUUAUGAAGAAUUAAUAAAAUUACCAGGUAUUGGGGAAAAAGUUUCACAACUUAUUUUACAAACAGCUUUAAAUAAACAUGAAGGAAUAGCUGUUGAUAUACAUGUACAUAGAAUAUCUAAUCGUUUAAACUGGGUUUAUACGAAAAAUGAAGCGGAUACACAAAUAAAAUUAAAAAGUUUUGUGGAUAAAGAAUUAUGGUCAGAACUAAAUCAUUUAUUAGUUGGAUUUGGACAAGUAAUUUGUAAAGGAAAAAAACCAUUGUGUGAAAAAUGCACACUUACAGAUUAUUGCCAAUAUUAUAAUGAUAACUUUGUCAAAAAAAAAAAAAAAAAAAAAGAAGAUCACAGUGAAUAA